UCUCUCUUUGGUGUAGCAAUGGCUGGAGGAGCGCCGAGGAAAAAAACUCCUGGCUCCGCGUCUCCUCUGCGGAGGACGCUUCAGACGCUGUGGCAGGAAAAACAUUUAGUCCUCUUCAAGACCGAGUACACUUUUAUAGUGGUGUCAGUCUUGUGGCUCUUCGAAAUCGGGAUCAAUGUGUGGGUCAUUCAGAAAGUGGCAUACACUGAGAUUGACUGGAAGGCUUACAUGGAUGAAGUGGAGGGAUUCAUCAAUGGCACCUACGACUACACCCAUCUUAAAGGAGACACUGGCCCCUUGGUGUAUCCGGCCGGUUUUGUGUACAUCUUCACUGCUCUGUACUACAUCACAAGCUGUGGGACGAACAUCCGUCUGGGCCAAUACAUUUUUGCUGUGUUCUACCUUAUCACAUUGCUUCUGGUCUUCAGAAUGUACUGCCGCACUAAGAAGGUUCCUCCAUAUGUGUUUUUCUUCAUGUGCUGUGCCUCUUAUCGGAUUCACUCCAUCUUCGUCCUGCGUCUGUUCAAUGAUCCAGUGGCCAUGACGCUGCUGUUUGCGGCUAUAAACCUUUUCAUCGACGGACACUGGUCUCUGGGCUGUGGCAUUUACAGUUUAGCAGUGUCUGUGAAAAUGAACGUGCUCCUAUUUGCACCAGGACUACUUUUCCUCCUGCUAUCUGAGUUUGGUUUGAUCAGGACAAUUCCAAAACUUGGUGUGUGUGCAAGCGUACAGCUCUUGUUGGGUCUGCCUUUCCUUGCGGUGAAUCCCGUCGGCUACAUGAGUCGGGCUUUUGACCUGGGGCGUCAGUUUAUGUUCAAGUGGACCGUCAACUGGCGCUUCCUGCCCGAGUGGCUCUUUUUGAACCGCUACUUCCACUUGCUCCUGCUGGCAGCUCAUCUGCUGAGUCUGCUGCUUUUCGCCCUCCGCCGCUGGAAGAGAUCUGGAGAAAGUCCACUGGAACUCUUAAAGGAGCCUGGCAAGAGGAAACUCCCAGCUCAGAAAAAAAACAUCAACCAGAUCGUGCUCAUCCUGUUUACCUCCAACUUCAUAGGCAUGUGCUUCAGUCGGUCGUUGCAUUACCAGUUCUACGUGUGGUACUUCCACACGUUGCCCUAUCUGCUGUGGAGUGGAGGAGUUAAAAAGAUGGCCCAUCUGCUCAGAGUCCUCAUCCUGGGUCUUAUUGAGCUUUCAUGGAACACCUACCCCUCGACAUGCAGCAGCUCCAUAGCCCUCCACGUGUGUCACCUCAUCAUUCUCCUUUGUCUGUGGCUGGCUCCCUCAGCUCCAGCUGCAACGCAAGCAAAAGCACCCGUUAAGGACAAAUGCCGAUGAGGCGCAAUACAAUUGGAGGUGUAUGUGUCAACGCAUCCUCGCUCUGAGCCUCAUGACUCCCGCACAGAGACUGGCGAUGGGGUAGACUCCUGGUUUGUUUUUGUUUUUUGAAGGAACAAUUAUUUACCUCUUAGCUUUGUGCUGAAAGUGAAGAAAGCUAAAGUGGGGGUGUGUGCUCAGACAAUUACACAGUACCAUAUCGUGUAGUGGUUCUUUGGAGGUAUAAAGAGAUGGGAAAAAUUGAUCCUCGGGUUUCAUUCAUCAACUUAUGAUAGAUCGAAGGUGUUGUUUUGAAACAAUUUGACACAAACCUUUAUCCCCAUUUCGAUAACCUCAUUAGUAAUUAUGUUAAAAAAAAGAAUGGCCAGUAGAAGAACUCUGCAGUAUGACAAAAGAACAUGUAAUACUGUAUAAAGAAAAACUCAUAUUUGUUAUGAUUCAGCUAUCAGGGAUAAUACAUUCACUGAUUAAAUGUUGCUAUAAUAUCUAAAUCAUGCAAUCACAAUGAUACAAUGAACCAAAAAUGCUCCAACAUUAUGAGUCAAAAAUGUGUCAGAUUCAGUGUGUCAUUCUCAUUUUGUAUCAGUGCAACAUGCUUUUUAUGUGUUAUCUAAAUAUGUAGUUGUCUGUUUUCUAUACUUGUGAUGGUACAUGAAUCAGUUGUAGAUAUGGCCGGAGACAACCAUAGCUUCUUAUAGAUCUGGUGAUGUAUGGGUAACAGCACUCAUCAGCACGCAAGGAGCUUUGGGGGAAAAAAAAAAAAAAAGUGACAUUUUGUAUUAAAUAUUAAUAAUACUUACAAGUGCGGUUUCUUCUCGUUUUGUGUUGACACAACAACAGGCAGUAAAGCUCUAAUAUUGACGUUUAUUUUCCAAACCAAAGUUGGUUUUCCUUGCUUAAUUUUCAAACUUUUAUUUGACACUGUUGGUGAUUUGACAAAGUAAGAUGUUUGCUGCAAAAGGCCAUUUCUUUUAGUCAAGGCAUUUUUGUGAUUUGCAUUAAGCAAUCUAAAAAGGCCACUUUUUUUGUGUGUGUAAAAAUGCUUGAUAAGAUGCAUGUGCAACUUAAGAUGAACUUGGCACGCGGUUAUUUUCCAUCACAUUCUAAUGCAAAAGCAGGGGUCUGGCUCUGUUUCCACAGAGGAAAAUCUCGCCAUCGCUGAAAGAAAUUGUCUCACAUAUUAUUGGGAUUAUAACACAACAUGUUGAAUUUGAUGUUCUCAUUCCAGUGGCGCAGCAGCAGGAACAGCUGUCUUGCGGCCCCCCUCAACCCGGCCAGGUCCACCCCCUCGGGCAGCACCAGGCCACGCAGCCAGAAGUCCGCUUUUGCCGCCACCAGCUCCCACUCCACGAAGUAUCCAGCACAGCGGUGCUCCAGCCAGGCCAGAGCCACUGCAGUCGCCCAGCUUGAGCCCUCCAGGUCGUCUUGAGCCAACUGGCUACUCACAUGGAGGUAGGGGGGCUCCAGUGAAGACCCCUCGCACACAUCUGUCUCUGAUCCACGACCGCUGUCCGCCUGGCCCUGACUGUGACCUUGAGAGUUGCUGCCCAGUAGCUCCAGGGAGCCUUCCUCACAGCUGGGGAGAUCCGGGGAUAAGGUGUCGGGGUCCCGGUCCAACAGGUGUCUUCGGCGAAGCCUCGGUUCCAGCAUCAAGGGGGUGUCAUCUGGCGUGUGGUGAAAGGGAGGCACGGUUGUUCUGGCGAGGGAGCAGGAGGGUGAAAAGGUGACUUGGUGAUGGCCGGGAGGUUUGGCGGAGGAGGACAAAGAUGGAGCGCUGGGAGACGCGCAGCGGAAAGGCGGGCUGAGGCUGUGACGAUGCAGAGUGUAGGGGGAAGCCCUCUUCAGGCGGUCCAAGGAGAUCUGGACACAGUCGGCGUACAUCUCAGUGAGCAGAAACGCUCCUGAGGCCAGUUGAAGGCGAACCUAAGACGACAAACCAGAUAAGCCGACAUGUUCAUUAGUUCUGUGGUUCUCAAACAUUUUACAUCAAGUACUACCUUAAACAAAUACUUGGCUCGCAAGUAACACUAUAAUGACCAAUAAUAAAAUGCAGAGUUCAUCAAACAUUAGGCAGAGGUUUUAUUCCUAAAAUGUAUAUUUAAUAUUAUUGUAAGCCACUGUGACAUUAUGAACAAAUAUUGGAAAAUUAAAUUAAUUAUGCACAAAAUAAACAUUUAAUUCAGUAAUUCAUUCAUGUAUUACUCAAGGGAGCCAGCAUACCACACUUUGAGAAUCACUAUACAACAAUACUUUCCGACAAUUGUUGAAGUCCUAGUUCAACAAUUGUUCUAAUUUCACAUGAAUAAAAAACAAAACUUAUGUGUUAAGUUGCAUGUUUUACGAUGUUGUUGUUCACAAUAAAUAAACUAUUUACUAAUAAAUACAUUCAUAAGAUAAAUAAAAUAUAUAUUCUCCACUGUAGAUUUGUUAUCUGUGUCUUCACAUGAACUCACCAGGGGC